GGAGCUGGGCACCGGAAGUAGUUGCGUCCCUUCUCCGGCACCGAUGGGCGGGGGAGCGCCGAGUGCGUGAGCGGCGCCUGUUCUCGUUUUUCGCGGCGCAAGAUGGCGGACCUGUCCCUGGACGAGCUCAUCCGGAAGCGCGGGGUGACGGUGAAGGGCCGAUUGAAUGCCAGGCCAGGGAUUGGAGGCAUCCGAUCUCGCAUUGGGCUCCCGCAAACCCUCCUGAGUCGGUCAGCACCAACUGGGUUCCAACAGACGUUUGAUGCUCGGCAAAAGAUCGGCCUCACGGAUGCCAGGCAAAAGUUGGGAGUCAAAGAUGCCCGGGAGAAACUUGUGCAGAAAGACGCUCGCUUUCGGAUCACGGGGAAAAUGCAGGAUGCCCGGGAGAUGCUGAACUCCGCAAACGCCAAGACGUUGGCCCCAGAGAAGGGGACCAACUUGGCUGACGCCCGGGGAGAAGAUCCGCCUGACACGAGAUCGCCUGACGUCCUUGCUGAGGCAGCCGCCGGCACGCUGCCUCCCGCCAUGAAGAUCACCAAAACCAUCCAGCAGAAGGCUGCCCUCCCAAUUCUUCCCCAUCCAGCCGGAAUGAGAAUCAACGUGGUCAACAACCAUCAGCAUAAACAGAGCCCGUAUGACAUGGAUGAAGAUGAUGAGGCUGCUGCUGCGCCCAUGGCCAGCAAACAGAUGAAGGUCACUGGCCCCCCCAGCUUCCUGCAGCAGAUGGCUGGGCUCAGCGGCUCCAAAUUCUCCUUAUCCAAGACCCUUCCUCUUACCAAAGUCGUCCAGAAUGACACGUACACGGCCCUUCCAGCCCCACCUUCCCCUUUACGGACGAAAGCCUUGACCAACAUGUCCCGGACCCUGGUGACCAAGGAAGAGCCCCCCAAAGAGAUGCCCCCCACGGAGCCCAUCUUUAGCCCACUGGAGGGUACCAAGAUGACUGUGAACAACCUGCAUCCUCGAGUCACCGAGGAGGACAUUGUUGAGCUUUUCUGUGUAUGUGGGGCCCUCAAGCGAGCCCGCCUCGUCCAUCCCGGGGUGGCUGAAGUUGUGUUUGUGAAGAAGGAAGACGCCAUCACCGCCUAUAAAAAGUACAACAACAGGUGUUUGGAUGGGCAACCAAUGAAAUGCAACCUUCACAUGAAUGGUAGCGUCAUCACAUCGGACCAGCCCAUCUUGCUGCGACUCAGUGACAGCCCAUCAGUGAAGAAGGAGGGGGAGCCUCGGAGGUUGAACUCGGGGGCCUCGUCUCACCCUCCCACAGAAGUGGACCCUGACACCAUCCUGAAGGCUCUCUUCAAGUCUUCGGGGGCCUCGGUCUCAGUGCAGCCCACGGAAUUUAAGAUCAAACUUUGAAAAGGGAAUCUCGCAGCCGGAAGGCAGGAAAGGAGGACGGCUUGUGGCGGCUUUGCUCUGUGGCCCGCAGACCCACCAGCUUGGGCGGAAUCCACAGGAGCCCAUGCCUUUGCCUUUCUCGUGGGACUGUGCUGGCGCUGGCUGGCUGUGGGUAGCGCUUUCUUUGCGCUCACGCCCUCCCCUGUACCAUAGUGUUUUCUUCUUUAGGGUGUGUUUUCCCUUUUUUCCGCUAUUCUUCCCUCCCUCUUAGUUGGGGUUUUCAUUUUGUUUUGUCAAGUCUGUUCCCCUGUUUUUAUCUCCAGGCCCUGGGACCUGACCCUUGUUCUUGGGGUCGACGAGCCCCCUCCCUCCAAGGACGGGCCAGGAAAUUGGGAAGGAUACUCUGCAACAAGCUCCUUCUCCCUUCCCACUCCUCCUUUGGGGAUCCUGCUGCUAGUGGGAGCCAGGUCAUUGCCAAGCUGAAGAUGGUGGGUGGGUGGGGUGCCAGGGCAGGCAGCCCCAGCCCAUUCCCACGGCCUCUCAGCUCGGAUGAUGGGAGUUCAGCUUCAAUGCUGGGGUGUGGCCUCCCAGCCCACAAGAAGAGCUUGAGAGAGGGGAAAGGGGCUCACUGCAGGCUUGUCGUGGGGUCCAAAUGUGGCCCUGCCAUCUCCCAUUCCACCUCAACCAAAGCCACACUCACAGGCUGACCUUGAAUCUAGUUGGGUCAUCUGUGGCCUGGGCCCAAGCCCAAGGAUGGGGGGACAGCCCCUCCCUGGGCAGAGCAGCAGGAUGGCCGCCUUCCCCUGCCUAGGUCUAGCCAAGAGCUUCGCUUCCUUGGCCUUGAGGAACAGGCUUGUUCAGGGGAGACUGAGAAGCUGGAGGCGGAGCUGUCGAGGGUCGGCCUUCCCAGAAGAGCCCUGGCCCCCUCUAAGCCAGCCAAGCUUCUGAGGCAAGAUCCCCUGAGCAGCCCAAACAGGAGGUGGCUACAGACUCAUUUUUCUCUCCGUAGCUUUCAAAUCCCCCGGGGAAAGUGGAAGAGGGAGCCAGCAUCGGGGACCUCCCCGUUUGGCUCAGUGGAGUGGGGUUGGGCCUCACCCCUGGCUGCCCUUGUCUUCCCAUGGAUGUGAGGGCAGCCUCCCUCUCCAGACUGAAGACCUGCUUCCCAGGCAGAGGCUGGAGUCUGGUUCCGAUCGGGGAGCCCGGAUAGCCUGGCAGGAGGCCUCAGCCUCUCCUCCAGCCUUUCCCUUUUCGGUCACCAUCCAGGUCUCAUUCUGUUCGGAGGGAGAGGGAGGGGCUACAAGUCAAAAGACUAUGUACUCACCUGUUUCUGAAUAAACGUUUGUUAUACCUAGA